AAGCACAGGAAUUUGUUUUUCUCAUACAUUUUCCAGGACCUUAAGUGCCACAGUUGCAGUUGCUAAUCUACUAAUAUUGUGGAGCUCGCUUUAAAUACGUGGAAAAUACACCGACAAUAUAAUCAACAGCACAGGCAUAUCAAUUCGGUUAACCAAGUCUAGACGAGAAAUGUCUUAUCAUUUAGUGGUACAGCUGACGAAUUGAUGAUAAUCUAAAAAUAACGCUUCCUACGGACUAAACGAACGCACGAGUCAAAAACGAGCCAUGGAUAGACUAUGGAAUUCUCGUCGUAGUCCAAUAUAUGCGAAAAAUGGAAUGGUAGCUUGCAGCCAGCCAUUGGCAGCUCAAGCUGGUCUUGAAAUAUUGAAGCGAGGAGGCAAUGCUGCCGAUGCUUGCGUUUGUAUUGCAGCUGCAUUAAACGUGACGCAACCCACUUCGACUGGUAUAGGUGGAGAUGCAUUUGCACUGUUUUUCGAUGCCACCAAAAAAGAGGUUCGGGGCAUCAAUGGAAGUGGUCGUUGUCCUUCCGAUCUUUCUAUAGACACCUUUAACAAUCUGGGAUACAAUGAACAGAACCGACCGUCUUCGCUAUCACCACUAUUCAUCACCGUUCCUGGAGCUGCAGCUGCAUGGGUAGACACAGUGGAACAGUUCGGAAGUGGAAAUCUUACUCUCAGUGAAAUUCUAGAACCUGCAAUAAAAUUGGCAGAGGAAGGAUUUCCAGUGGCUCAAGUGAGCGCUCAUUUUUGGAAGAAAAGUGAGCAUCUCUUGCAGAAUUCAGCGAAUGGAACAGAAAUACUUCUAAAUGGCCUUGCUCCAAGAGAAGGUGAAAUUAUGAAAAUGCCAUUUUUGGCUGAGACAUUCCGAGAAUUGGGCAUAAACAAGAAACCCGGAUUCUAUCAGGGCCGCAUUGCUCAAGCUAUUGUCGAUGUUAUAAAGGAAAAUGGUGGAGUAAUGAGCUUGGCCGACUUAGAAAAUCAUGUCAGCACUCAAGAUGAACCUGUUCAUGUAAACUAUAGAGGCGUCGAUGUGUAUGAAAUACCUCCUAAUGGACAAGGAAUGACUGCACUGUUAGGUCUAAAUAUUUUGGAAGGAUUUAAUCUCCAAGGGAUGCAACACAGUUCCCCGGAGCACUUACACAUAGUGAUUGAAAGCCUUCGAUUAGCUUUUGCUGAUGCGCGUUUUUAUAUAGCUGAUCCAUUUUUUGAAAGCGUUCCUGUUGCAGGAUUACUUUCUAAGGACUAUGCAGCCGAUAGGCGCGACAAAAUAAAUUUACAAGAAGCAGCCACGGACUUGCAACAUGGAUAUCCUCAGAACUUCAGCAAUACUGUGUACUUUUGCGUAGUGGAUGGACAGGGCAAUGCGUGUAGUUUCAUUAAUUCUAACUAUCAGGGUUUUGGGACUGGAAUUAUUCCGAAAGGAUGUGGAUUUACGUUACACAAUCGUGGAGACAAUUUCUCAUUGGAUCCUAGCCACGUAAAUAGCUUACAACCGGGAAAACGACCUUACCACACAAUUAUACCAGGAAUGGCAUUGAAAGACGGUGAACUAUAUUGUCCGUUCGGAGUAAUGGGCGCUUUUAUGCAGCCUCAAGGGCAUCUUCAGGUCAUUUCUAAUAUGAUUGACUUUGGAAUGAAUCCGCAGCAAGCACUUGAUGCACCAAGGGUUCAAAUCAGUGGUGGUACAGCUGCCGGACGGAUUUUGAUUGAAGAUGGCAUUCCAAUAGAAACAGUUCAGGUGUUAGAGAAAAUAGGCCAUCAACAGCCAACAAUUGUCAGUGGUUGGAAUAGAAGUGAAUUCGGUGUUGGACAAAUUAUAGUAAGGAAUCCAGUAACUGGUGUUUUGUGUGCUGGAAGCGACCCAAGACAUGAUGGUCAUGCUAUUGGUUGGUAGGAUAUUUUUAACUAGUUGAAAAUGGUGAUUCGGUUGGGAAAUAAAGCUUUUUUUGAUGACAGAAUAAA